AUGCCGUCUGGCACAGAGAUUCCGCCCCCACUUCGGGGAGCUGCUGGACCCAGGCAGAGUGGCGCAGAACAACAUAUCCCACUGCCCUCUGGCGCUGCACAGCAAUCCCCUCUAACCUUAGUUAGCGGCACACUCCCUCCUACAUCCCCGGGCACUUCCCAGUUUUCUCCAGUUGCCCCAGGCAUAGGUCAGCUAGCCCCUGGGGUAGGUCAGCCACCCACUGAAGUGCGUCAGCCAUCUCUCGCUCCAGGAAUAGAUCAGCCAGACUCUGUAACCUCAGGAACCGAUCAGCAAAUAGCAACAGCUCUAGGCCUAGGUCAACCAGUUCUUGGAACCCCACCCACCUAUCAGCCAGCCCCUGGAACCCCAUCCACCUAUCAGUCAGCCCCUGGAGCCGUACCCACCUAUCCAUCGCUUCCUGGAACCCCACCCAUCUAUCCUCUAGUGCCUGGAACCCCACCUACACAGCCUAUUCCUGGAACCCCACCCAACUAUCAGCCGGGACCCAGCACCCCAGUAGCUUAUCCUGGUGCUCCAGUCACCCUCCCUGGAGCCCCUGGGGCCUUCCCUGGAGCCCCUGGAGCCUAUCCUGGAGCCCCUGGCACCUCCUCUGGAGCCCCUGGCGCCUAUCCUGGAGCCCCUGGCACCUCCUCUGGAGCCCCUGGGGCCUAUCCUGGAGCCCCUGGCUCCUCCUCUGGAGCCCCUGGUGCCUAUCCUGGAGGCCCUGGCACCUAUCCUGGAGCCCCAGUUGCCUUCCCUGGAGCCCCUGGCGCCUAUCCUGGAGCCCCAGUUGCCUUCCCUGGAGCCCCUGAAGUCUCCUCUGGAGCCCUUGUUGCCUACCCUGGAGCCCCUGGUGCUUAUCCUAGAGUCCCAGGCACCUACCCACAAGUUUCUGGAACCCCACUUGCCACUCAGCCAGAGCUUGGAGCCCCACCCACUUAUCUGCCAGGUGCUGAAGCCCCAGUUACAGAUCAUCCAGUCCCUAUUGAUCCAGUAACUGGUCAGUCAACGUUCGCAGGUCCACGCAUAGACCAGCCCACCCCUGCUAAUCAGCCGAUCAAUGGAACGCCCCCCACAUAUCUGCCAGGGCCUGGAGUCCCAGUCCAAUAUCCACCAAGUCCUGUGCCCCCACCCACGUAUCAGCCAGGUGUCUGGCCGUAUCCUGUAGCCCCAGAAACAGUUUCUUCAGCUACCAUAGCCCCAACAGCUGCUCCUGGCACUGAUCAGCCUGGCUUUGUUGCCUCAGGCACCAGCCCGAGUGAACAACCUGUGGGCCAAGUUGGCACUCAGACUGAAUUGUCUUCCCAAUCCCGGCCUAGUUUUGUGCCACCCUAUUCUCCCUACACACCACCCCAGCCUCCCUACGCAUCGCCUGCCUUGGGGCCACAACCACCGUGGUCCAGCCCAUCGUAUAUAUACUCUGCACCUCCAUACCAGCAUCGUCGAACACCGAGCCAAAAAAGCAAAGAAGGAGAGGGUUUCAGCUUCCCCUUUGCCUUAGAGACCCUGCGUUUGAUGGGGGAGCUUACCAGCUACUACCUGAUUCUGAAGGAGCAGAUGGGGUCACUGGAUGAAGACGCUGGCCAUUCUGAGCUGGAGAAGCUACAGUUCGUCAUAGGGAAAUUAACCAGUAAGACCAUCCCUGAUGACAUGCUGCAACAGCUACAUGGACUUAAAGCCUUAACCAAAGAAAUUCAAGAGGAGAGGAAAAAAAUGAAGUUAAUGCAGCAAAUCCUAGCAGGAGAAGAGGAGGAUGCUGAAGAGGAGAGAGAAAGGUCUGGCCAUCUGAGUCUGCAGCUAAGUAUUCUCAGAUCGAAUGUGAAUGACAUAGAGAAGGAGCUGGCCCUACUGAGGGAACGGCAGGAGCAGGGCAAGGCCAUCGUGGAACAGUCAGUGACCGAAGCCACCCUUUAUCUACAGGAACAGUUAGACAAGCUCAGGCUGAUCAUAGAAAGCAUGCUUACCUCGUCGUCCACCCUUCUGGCCAUGAGCAUGGCGCCGCCUAAGGCUCCAGCCCUCUUGAACCCAGCCGAAGUUGACCCGCACGCUACCUGUCCAGCGUGUAGCCUAGACCUGAGCCAACAAGUCAGCAGACUAGUGCAGCGCUACGAGCAACUCCAGGAUAUGGUCAACAAUCUGAUAAUAUCUCGGCCCUCUAAGAAGUAUCAGCUCCAAAAUCAGGAUGAAGAGUUACUAGGUCAUAUCCAGACCACUAUCCUUCAGGUGCAAGGUGACUGUGAGAAACUUAACAUCACCACAGGCAAUCUCAUUGAGGACCACAGGCAAAAGCAGAAAGACAUUGAUGUCCUGUACCAGUCCCUAGAGAAGCUAGAAAAGGAGAAAGCCAACAGGGAACACUUGCAGAUGGAGAUUGAUGUGAAAGCAGAUAAGACUGCUCUCGCGGCCAAAGUGAGCCGAAUCCAGUUUGAUGCCACCACAGAGCAGCUGAACCAAAUGAUGCAGGAUCUGCUGACAAAGAUGACUGGACAGGAGAAGGACUGGAAGAAGGUCCUGGACAAGCUCCUGGUAGAAAUGGAUACCAAGCUGGAUCGCCUAGAGUUAGAUCCCGUGAAGAAGAUGCUGGAGGAAAGGUGGAAAGCCUUACGACAGCAGCUGAAGGAUCAGUCCCCUCUCUAUCAGUCUGACGAAGCUGCCACCAUGCGGAGGCAGGUUUUGGCACAUUUCCAUUGUCUCUCAUGCAACCGGCCCUUGGAAACAGCUAUAACUGGACAGAUCAUCCCCUCAGUGCCGGGUGGCCCAGGACUGCCAGCACAUCGUUCUAACCGUCCCUAUACCAUCUACGAAUUGGAGCAAGUCCGGCAGCAAAGCCGCAACAUGAGGUUGGGCACUGCCUUCCAACGAUCAGAGCUGGGACAGCUGGAACGGAGUGUGGGCCGCCUGCAUUCCAUGCACUCCAAGAUGCUGAUGGACAUAGAGAAGGUACAGAUUCAUUUUGGAGGCUCAGUCAAGGUCAGCAGCCAGAUGAUCCGGGAGCUGAUCCAGGCCCAGUGCCUGGGUUCCUCCUACUACAAAAGGCUUCAAGAUAUGCCAGACUACUCCUACAUGUCAGUGCCACGUCAUUGUGGUGGUAGCCAUACACUUACCUUCCCCUACCGCCGCUACGCUCGCUUACAGCACCUGGCUCAGUGUGUCUACCCUACAGAAGAUACACAGCCCUCCUUGAAGCAUGAGGUGGACAUCUUGGGCCUGGAUGGACAUAUAUACAAGGGACGGUUGGAGACAAGGCUUCCUAUAAUCCCAAACAAGGAAAGUUACUGA